AAACUAAACCUGACUCUAAAGCCACAAGCCAUUUCUGUCAGAGGAACCAGACUGCUCUUCAGACGCAUCAAACACCUGCAGAAGCUGAGUCUGGAAGACAAAAUGUUAGUGAAGAUGGUCAGAGCACUGAGGUCAUUUAAGGGUCCUGUUUUACUGACCACAGAGGAGCUUUCACUGGUCACAAAAGACUCAAAGCAAAAUCUCUUUCAUAUCCUGAGCAGCUUGACGUCUCUCCUGGGACUACUGUCUGUCCAGUGUGUGGAUCUUACUGAGUGUAAAUCAGAGGCUCUGUCUCUCACGACCUUGUUGAGUCUCCAGGAACCUCUGUCUAUCAGGCUCUCUAAAGAGGCUCUUCAGCAGCUGGUUUCAGUGGUGUAUGAAGCACAGGAUGAUGAACUGACACGCUGCUUUCUGAAGAAAGUGUCUGAGGAUCUGACUUCCUGCUCACUGACCUGGGAAGUCAUUCAUUACCUGCUGCAACAUCUCAUUCAUUACCUGCUGCAACAUCAAGCUCUAAAUUUCAAGUUGGACUUUAGAAAGAGUAAAACCUCUUGUGAAAACAUCAGAGAACUUCUGCCGGUGUUAGACAGAAUCCAGCUGAAACGGUUGAGCCCCAGCUUUACUCUGUCCAUCAUUAUGGAGAUUUACGAGACUCGCUUUCCUCAGUAUGUGUCCAGUCUGAUGAGUUCAGCAGGAAAUGACAUCAACCUGAAUGCCAGAGUGUUGGACUCUGUUCACUGCGCUGCCCUGCGCUUCACUCUAGAGCACUGCAACACUGUCAAACUCAAUCUGCUCUGGACCUCCAUACCAGAGGAGCAGCUAGAGAGCUUUCUGCCUUUACUCAGCAGAGUCAAACAACUCAGUGUUGACAGGCUGCUGUUGCUGAAGCUGCUUCAUUGCUGCAGUUCCUCUGAUCUCCAGCAGGAGGCCGCAGAUGUUCUUCUCGCUGCUCUUCACAACACGCUGGACUUCUCCUGCUGCUCUGCUCUGGAUUUAACAGACACACAGGAAAACCAAGAGCAUUUGAAACUAACUGAAAAAGACUGUAGAAUAAUCUCAUCUGUGCUUCAGAAAACUCAAAGCAUUGUGAAGUUGAGCUUACAGGACUGUGAGCUCUCUGAUGAGGCCCUGAAACAACUUUGGCCAAUCCUGCCUCAAGUGCAGCUGAACUGUAGUAAAGCUCUGCUGCUGCAGUUUCUGGCUUGUAUUAGUAAAGAUGGAUCUCAGAGAGGCUCUUUGAGGAGCGCUGAGGCUCUUUCACAGGCUUUGGGAGGAGAGAUGGACCUCAGUCACACUCAGAUGGACCCGAGAGUUUGUGAACAGCUGGCGCUGUUUCUGGAAUAUUCUGAAGGACUGACAGAACUGGAUCUCAGUCACUGCAAACUCACUGAUCUCUGCAUGGAGCCGCUGCUGCCACAUCUGCACAAAACCCAGACUCUGGAUCUGAGUCACAAUACUAUCACAGAUGAAUCAGCAAAGAGAGUCCACAGUGUCGUCUGCACUCACAGCAAUAUUCAGACUGUACGACUCUUCGGAAACAAAAUCAGUGAUAGAAAGCAGUUCAUCAGAGACAAGCGAUUUGAAAUAUGGUGAAGAUCCUGGGCCAGAAACGUAUUGAUUUAACAUUAAGAGGGUAUUUUGUAUAAGGCUUGAUUCAUGAUGAAACAAACUGACAGUUACUUUGCAAAGCACUAAACUGUGUUCUGUGUAGUAGUUUAUUUUUAUGAUUAAUUUAGAAUAAUAGCUUUAUAUCUUUAAUGCAGCUUUGGUUAAUUUGAACCAGAUUUAUAUAAAUGAAAUGUUUAUUAUAUUACAAAGCUAUGAUGAUGUAUAUUUUGCAAUGUGUUAGGCAAGAGUUAUGGUUUGGGGAUGUAGUGCUACUAGGUGUUGAUCUGUCUUCACUGGCUACCCUUCACCGCUCACAUCAAGUUCAAGACCGCCACAGGCUGCUCACCCUCUUACAAAUACACCUCCACUGCUGCUGUUGGUGGGUGAGCAACACCUUGUGCUUCUAUAACACUGGCACAGUCACUUUCCCAAACAUUCAUGUUCACCGGUCCUUGCUGGUGGAAUGAUCUUCCCAAUCUUACCCGGACAGCCGAAUACUGUAUUCAAGAAACGGAGGUUCAAGAUUUUUUUUUUUUUUUUUUUUUCAGUGAGCACUUAACUGUGGAUGUUGACUGGAAAAAAUAUUUCUAUGCUUUAUAUUACUGUUAUUACCGCCACAGGAUGAAUAUCUUUGCUAAACUCCUGAUUUUUUAAAAUGUUUUUAUUUGCUUUGGUUAAAAGCAACAGCUAAAUGAAUUUAUAUUCCAGUAAUCGGUCUCUUUUAAUGCACGUAAUCGAGCUGUAAUUAAGCUGUGGGUGUUAGCAUGGUUCUGUUUUAUUAUUACUAUUAUUAUUAUGGUUAUGGUUUUCAUACUGUACAUGCACAUUUACAACAAUAAACCUUGUUUAUGUCUUU